AAGGUUCUGCUUGGGGAUCUGUGCUUUAAAGCAGUAGUUGGGAUUGUGUAAUGUGUUUAAUGUGAGCAGUGUGCUGAUGGGAAAUUCCGGAGCAAACGGCAGCCAGCCGAGCCACGCCCACAACAGGCGUGGCCACACAUACACAGUUUGUAUCCCCGGAAGGUCAUUUGGGCGCUUCAUUAAAGCAAAGGAUUUAAUGAAGUAUUAAAGGCGUGUGUGGAUCCCUGAGGGCAUUAAAGCUUUGAGUAGCUGGUAGAGUGUUAGUUUGUGUGCUUCACUGGCUGGAGUCUCCGUGUUUACUGGGAUUUAAAAUGAGUUCUCAGGGUUUGGAGAAGCUCCGGAUGACGGGUGCUGGGAAAGCCAUAGCCGUGCUGACCAGUGGAGGAGAUGCACAAGGUAUGAACGCCGCUGUCCGUGCCGUCACUCGGAUGGGGAUAUAUGUUGGAGCCAAGGUGUAUCUGAUUUAUGAGGGUUACCAGGGUCUGGUGGAUGGAGGAGACAAUAUCAAACUGGCUGACUGGCACAGCGUAACCAACAUCAUCCAGCUGGGUGGGACAGUGAUAGGCAGCGCUCGCUGUAAAGCCUUCACCACACGGGAAGGCCGUCUGGCUGCCGCCUUUAACCUUGUGAAACGUGGGAUCACCAACCUCUGUGUGUGUGGAGGUGACGGCAGCCUUACAGGCGCUAACAUCUUCCGAAAUGAGUGGAGCGGACUACUCGCCGAGCUGGAAGCCAAAGGCAGGAUCACUGCUGAGAGAGCAAAACAGUACAGCCACCUAAACAUCGUGGGUUUGGUGGGCUCCAUCGAUAACGACUUCUGUGGCACUGACAUGACCAUCGGAGCAGACUCAGCCCUCCAUCGCAUCAUAGAUAUCGUGGACGCCAUUACCACCACUGCUAUAAGCCAUCAGCGCACAUUUGUCCUGGAGGUAAUGGGACGACACUGUGGAUAUCUGGCUCUGGUGUCUGCGUUAGCAUCUGGAGCAGACUGGCUCUUUAUUCCUGAAGCUCCUCCAGAGGACAACUGGGAGGAGCUCAUGUGCGCUCGGCUUGGAGAGAGCCGUAGUAAGGGAUCCAGACUCAACGUCAUCAUCAUUGCUGAGGGAGCAAUCAACAGAAAAGGCGAACCCAUCUCUUCCAGCUACAUCAAAGAUCUUGUUGUAAAGCGGUUGGGUUAUGACACCAGGGUGACUGUUCUGGGUCACGUGCAGAGAGGAGGAACUCCUUCAGCCUUCGAUCGAGUACUAAGCAGUAAGUUGGGAAUGGAGGCAGUGGUGGCGCUGAUGGAGGCGACUCCUGAUACCGCCGCCUGUGUGAUCGGCCUGUCUGGUAACCGGUCGGUGAGGCUGCCUCUCAUGGAAGCGGUGGAAAUGACUAAAGCAGUACAGACGGCUAUGAAUGAGAAGAGGUUUGAGGAUGCCAUUCAGCUGCGUGGAAGGAGCUUCGCGAACAACUGGGGCAUUUACAAGUUACUGGCAUACCAGAAGCCUGCUCAAGUCACGAGCAACUUCUCAUUGGCCAUCCUGAACGUGGGUGCUCCAGCAGCUGGUAUGAAUGCAGCUGUGAGGUCUGCAGUGAGAGUGGCACUAGAAUCUGGCCACAAAGUCUACACUGUUGAUAAUGGAUUUGAGGGCCUCGCCAAUGGAGAGGUUAAAGAGAUGUCUUGGAGUAGUGUGGCUGGUUGGACUGGUCAAGGUGGCUCAGUUCUGGGGACUAAACGAACCCUACCCAGUACCUGCAUGGAAAAGUUGGUUGAAAAUCUUACCAAGUACAGCAUCCAGUCACUACUAGUAAUUGGAGGCUUUGAAGCUUAUGAAGGGGUACUGGAGUUGUAUGAUGCCAGGGGGCGCUACACAGAGCUGUGUAUUCCCAUGUGUAUCAUUCCUGCCACCAUCAGCAACAAUGUCCCUGGCACUGAAUUCAGUCUGGGUGCUGAUACUGCUGUCAACGCAGCUAUGGAGAGCUGUGAUAAGAUCAAACAGUCAGCUACAGGAACAAAGAGGAGGGUAUUUGUGGUGGAAACCAUGGGAGGAUAUUGUGGAUAUCUGGCAACCACAGCUGGCAUUGCUGUGGGAGCGGAUGCUGCAUAUAUAUUUGAGGAGCCUUUCGAUAUCCACGAUCUGCAGACGAAUGUUGAGCAUCUGACAGAGAAGAUGAAGAAGGAUAUCCAGAGGGGUCUGGUGCUGAGGAAUGAGAAAUGCCAUCCACAGUACACCACUGACUUCAUCCAUAACCUGUACACUGCUGAAGGAAAAGGAGUGUUUGACUGCAGGAUCAACGUGCUCGGACAUCUCCAACAGGGAGGUGCACCUUCACCUUUUGAUAGGAACUUUGGUACAAAGUUGGGUGUGAGGGCCGUGCAGUGGCUUACUGAGAAGAUGGCUGCCACGUACAGACAAGGUUCUGUGUUUGCUAACUCCCUGGAUACGGCGUGUGUGUUGGGCCUGAAUGGCAAAGUGCUCACGUUCAGCUCUGUGGCUGAGCUAAAGAAGCAGACUGACUUUGAGCACAGAAUGCCCAAAGAGCAAUGGUGGCUGAGUCUGCGGCUGCUGCUGAAGAUGCUGGCCAAAUACCAGACCAGCUUUGAUCAGUAUGUCACAGGAGAGAUUAGACAUGUGACCCUUCGUUCUCUCAGUCAAGACCCUGGGUUUUAGACAGUCACACACAUUACACUGAUGUACACCAGCGCACCUAUCUACACCAGCUACACUUUCUACUCAAGAAAGUUCAUAACUGCAGUCUGUGUCCAAACUGGAUUGCUUGGUUAUAGCUUCAGCAUGUUCAUUACUCUGCUGAUUCAUCUUCGGUGCCCCAUUAGACGCAGGGAACAACACUCCUGUUAAUGCAGUGUCUAAAUUAGCACUUUGUCAAAAAUUAUUUUUUUUUAAAUUUAAAGCCUAUAGAGUAGUACUACUGAUACAGUGUAUAAACUCUCAAGGGCUGUAUUCACAAAAAUCCUUCCAAUGAAUGUUCCCUAAGUGGCAGGAAGAGUUCCUAGACAAAUGAUUUAAUUUCAAUAGCAACUGACUGAUGAGUAGGGGUCGGUGUGGUGAAUUCCUAAAUGAAAUUACAUUGAAAUUGCUAUAUUAAAAAAAUGAUAAUGAAAGUUCUUUUUAAAAAUUAAUGUUAAAUACAUGAAAACAAAACUCUAAAUGUCAAAUACUUGCUCAGCUGAAUAGUCAGUCCAUAAGAGUGAUAUAUUGCAAAAUAACGAACCAAUAGUAUUUAAUUUUAUGUUCAUUUAACUAAAGUAUCUAAAGUAUUUAAACAGUUUUUGUAAUUAGCACCUUAUUCCCUAGAGGAACCACUGCUUCAUGGUUGGUCAGCAUUUGAAAGGAAAUUGUAUGAAUUUUCAAGACGUGCAAAAAGUUGUUUUACUGUUUGGGCAUUUCUUGGUCAUUUGUGAGUUGUGUUAUAUAUAUUUUUUUUACUAUGGCCAGUUUUACAUCUGUUCACGAUUUGGUCUUAGUGAUAUAGAAGUCCUCUGAACACUGUCUCAGGUUUAGGAGCUGCUUUUAACAUUAAAAGCUUUAAAAGAACAAUGAGGACCAAGGACAAAGCUAAAAACUUUGUAACAUACUUUUACACAAACAAACAAACAAACACAUUAUGUUGGUUCUAAAAAUGAAGAACCUUAAAAUUAGGACUAGCAUGUCCAUAUUAUGAGUUUGUCCUAAAUUACCAGUGAGGCCAAUUAAAGGUUUUUUUUUUGGUUUUUUUUUGUGAAUACAGCCCAUGACAUCUUAAACAGGACAAAAUGGUAUGAUUACAGAUUGCCAAAAAUGUAAUUAUUUUCAACUGUAAAUCCUACAGUAGUAUUGCUCUACCAGCAGCCUUCUCUGCUUUACACAGUGUUUUAUUAAAUUGCUUUACACUGGAACAUUAUGCAUCCAAAGUCUAAGCUUCUCAUACGUGAUUGUGUAAUUUUGUGCCUACGUAAUGUGAGGUGUAUUCAUUUAUGUGUAAAGUUAUUCACAAGCAUGUUAAGAGCAUUUACAAAGAACAUACUCACCAGUAUUGUUGUUCAUUAUGAGAUCUUGUUCUAUUCUAAACAUUUAGAUUACUGAUUUUACAGUUGGCAUGUACCAGAAAAAAAAAAAAAUCUAAACUGGCUUUCCAUCUGUUUUUGGAAAACACACUGUAACAUUCCACUGUAUAAAGUAAUGGAACAACAGAAACUUAAAUGUGAACUGAAAAUAUAUACAAGUAAUUAAACGAAAUGAAUUUC